CGGUGAAGAGCAGCAGGGCGGAGACCGAACACUAGUCAUGUAACUGUGUAAAGGGUCACCCGGUUACACGUGAGCAUGAGGGGGACGAGAGAGGCGCUGAAGGAAACCUGACAGGGAACAGCAACAGCCCUACUGAAAAUGGCUACGCGCGAAGGCGGCGAGGCUGGCUCGGUGCUCGGCCGGGUGCCGCCGUUGCUCACGGACCUGUACCAGUUCACCAUGGCGUACGCGUACUGGCGCGCGGGCAGGCACAACGAGCCGGCCGUGUUCGAGCUGUUCUUCCGCGACAACCCGUUCGGCGGAGGCUUCUCGCUCUUCGCGGGUCUCGGCGACUGCUUGCGCUUCCUGCAGAACUUCGCGUUCUCGGACGACGAUGUGGAGUACCUGCGCUCGGUUCUCCCGGCGGGCACAGACGCGGCGUUCUUCUCGUAUCUGAAGGGGCUGGACUGCUCGUGCGUGUCUGUGUCGGCGGUACCGGAGGGAUCCGUGGUCUUCGCUCGAGUUCCUCUGCUGGAGGUGUCCGGGCCGCUGGCCGUGGUUCAGCUGCUGGAGACCAGUCUGCUCUGCCUGGUCAACUACGCCAGUCUGGUGUGUAGCAACGCUGCUCGUUUCCGUUUGGCUGCAGGUCCCAGGCGGAGAUUGAUGGAGAUGGGGCUGAGGCGAGCUCAGGGUCCCGACGGGGGCCUGACCGCCUCACGGUACACGUACAUCGGCGGUUUUGAUCUGACGAGUAACGCCCUCGCCGGCCGUCUGUAUGGCAUUCCUGUGGCGGGAACCAUGGCGCACUCUUAUGUCACUUCCUUUUCCUCUCUGGAGGAGGUGUGGCCACAGACUCUGGUGCCCUGCGGCGGCGGCCGUCCUAUUGACUUCAUCUGUCUGGUGAAGGGUUGGUUGGGUCGCGUCUGUCAGAUAUUGGGGUCAAAGACGAGUCUGGUUCGGGAGGGAGAGCUGGCGGCCUUCCUGUCCUACGCCAUCGCCUACCCACAAAACUUCCUGCCUGUCAUCGACAGCUACAGCGUCAGCUGCAGCGGUCUGCUGUGUUUCUGUGCCGUGGCUCUGGCUCUCUCUGAGCUGCAGUAUCGGCCGCUGGGCGUCAGGCUGGACAGCGGGGACCUCUGCAGACAGUCGCUGGAAGUGCGCCGCGUCUUCAGAGAAUGUAGCAAACAGUUCUCAGUUCCUCAGUUCGAGUCUCUCAUCAUCGUCGGCACAAACAGUAUUUCAGAACAGAGUCUCUCUGAACUCAACAAGAAAGAUAAUGAGAUCGACGUGGUUGGAGUGGGCACUCAUCUGGUCACGUGCACGCGUCAGCCCUCUCUGGGGUGUGUGUAUAAGCUGGUGGAGGUCAGAGGUCGUCCCCGGAUGAAGAUGAGUGAAGAUCCAGAGAAAAGCACGCUGCCCGGACGCAAGUCUGUCUAUAGGCUUCUGGACGCAGACGGUCAUCCUCAGAUGGAUCUGAUCUGUCUGUCAGAAGAAGCGGCUCCCAAAGCGUCCGUCUCGCUGGCCUGCUUCCCGCUAGGACUGAACAAGACGCUCCAGACGGUCACUCCGGCUCGAGUGACCAGCCUGCGUCUGGAUGUCUUCACCUGCGGACAGAUCACAUUCCCUCUGAGCGGUGCGUCGGAGAGCCGCGAGCGCGCACAGCUCUCUCUGCAAACGCUGCACGCUCAUCACAAGAGACUGCAAGAGCCGCACGAUUACACCGUGGCUUUAUCGGAGCGGCUGCACUCCCUGGUGUCUGAUGUCACGAAAGGAAACAGUAAAGGCAGCAACUUCCUGCUGUCGAACUGAAGCCGAGCCGAAACGUGGGGCAGAAGCGUUAGAUCUUGAAGAAAAGAUGCCUAAAAAUCCCGUUUUUUAAAAAAAAAGUCCUGUUAACAGAUUCAGCGAUGCUGCUUGUUGUGGUCCAAUAACAUUAACAAGCACUUUUGAAUGUGGCAUUGGUAUUCAUCUCUUGACUGACUAAUAAAAUAAGUGAUGAAGUAAUAAAAA